GACAGUACCAACAUUCAAGUGGCCAACAUCCUCUCUACAAGUAAAAUCAACUGAACAUCAUGUUUAUCCGCCCCUCUACUAUUCUCGUUGUCUUCCUCGGCCUGACGGCCCUUGUCAGCGCUGGAGCGCCAGUGAAUGCUAGAGCAAAGGCCCUUGAGGAUGAGAAGCGCAAGACGCCUCCUGAUGCUAGAAUGACUGCUAUCGAGGACGAGAAGCGCAAGACGCCUCCUGAUGCUAGAAAGACUGCCAUCGAGGACGAGAAGCGCAAGACGCCUCCUGAUGCUAGAAAGACUGCGAUUGAGGACGAGAAACGCAAGACCCCCCCUGAUGCUAGAAAGACCGCUAUCGAGGACGAGAAGCGCAAGACCCCCCCUGAUGCUAGAAAGACCGCUAUCGAGGACGAGAAGCGCAAGACCCCCCCUGAUGCUAGAAAGACCGCUAUCGAGGACGAGAAGCGCAAGACUCCCCCUGAUGCUAGAAAGACUGCUAUCGAGGACGAGAAGCGCAAGACGCCUCCUGAUGCUAGAAAGACCGCUAUCGAGGACGAGAAGCGCAAGACUCCCCCUGAUGCUAGAAGGACUGCCCCUCCUGUUGCUCGCAUCACAAAUUACUAG